AGCUUCUGCUGCUGCUGGCCAUCGUUGGCAUGUUCGUAGCGGAUGCCAAGAAGAAGCCGAACAAAUACGGCGAUGGCGAUUUCGAGUUCAUCGAUGAGGAUGAUAAAAGCAAUCAGCAGCUGGACCCGUCGUCUUCCCUGCAGCAAAAGCAAUUGCUGCUGCAGCAGCAACAACAACAACAGCAGCAGCAACAGCAGAUAACGGAGAAGAAAAAAUGGAUCCAUGAUCCUUCCAGUGAUCUAUGUAAGCCGCUAAACUGUAAAAAGAAAGAGCUUUGCCUGCUGGAGGAUGCAUAUACGGCAGUCUGCGUGUCGAAGAAGGAACUUCAUAAGAACAAAUUCAUCAACAGUUACAACACCCUAUCAAACAGGGAGGAGAUAAUCACUAAGAGCAAAUACCUGGAAGAAGAGGAAAACAAACGAAAGGCCGAAGAGUUGGCCGAUCAAGCAGCACUAAGUGACUCAGCUAAUGGCUUCGGUAGCUCAACCAAUGGCGGUUCCAGCGAAACUAGCAACACUGGGGGAAAAGCCAGCUUAACUGUAAAUAGUAACAACCACAACAAUAACAACAACAACAACAACAAUGGUGCCGUUUCCGAUCUACUGCAGCAAGAUCAAGCGGAACCGGAUGAGGACAGUUCGGCCCAAGACGAUGACGUGUUCUACGAUAGUGAAGGCGGCGAGAAGGAUGAGGAAGAGAACUGUAAGCCUUGUCCGGUGGUCAAACCGACGUUCCUCUGCGGAAGUGACAACCGAACGUAUUCGUCGCUUUGCCGAAUGGAGUACCACAACUGCAUCCACGGUAGCUUGAUCAAAGUGAGCUGCAAGGGAUUCUGUCCGUGUAAAGAUUCCAGCUCGACUGACCUAAAGAAGCAACAGCGUAUGGCGGAUCGGAUGAAUGCCUUUAACGCCAAAUACCAGCGUACAAUUGAAAGUAACGACAUCAACCUCGGUAGCAAUAUUGAUGGCAGCAUUGGCACGCCUGGCAACGAGAAUAACAAGUCGGCGUCAGCGAAACGGAAGGAAGAAAAGAACCGACACUUCAAUCACGUCAACUCGCAGUACACUUUCACACCGGAGGACAUAAAGUAUGACAACAAGCACUACAAGUAUAUCAAGUACACCACCUACAAGGGCAAGUCGCGUCAGCAGCAGCAGCAGCAGCAGUACAACCCAUACGGAGGCAUCUCAUCGUCUGGCUUGACCGGAACGUCCGGCUCUUCGUCCAUAUCACGAACCAACGAGGAUAAACAUAAAAUCCGUGGCUACAAUGAAGUGCUAGACAAACCGGUUAGCAAAUCGCCCAAGUCCACCAACAACGCAGCACGCUAUCCGACAAAAUCGAUCGAAUGUAAACCACAGCAGCUAACCGCGAUUGGAAAUCGGCUGCUGGAUUGGUUCUCGGUUAUAAUGGCCGACAGCAAAAAACGUCGUCAGCACCAGCAGCAGAAGAACAAAGUACACUUCCCGGCCGCCUGCAAGUUGGAGGCCCGCUGGAUGUUUGGCCAUCUCGAUUUGAACAACGACGGUGAACUUUCGUCGCAGGAGCUGUACGAUUUGGAGCACGACCAGAACGAGCGCUGCAUCAAACCAUUUAUCGAUACCUGUGAUCUGGACCAGGACAACACGAUUGAUCCGCGCGAAUGGUGCCGAUGCUUCGAGAAAACCGACCGACCGUGUGCCGCUGUUCGACGGCGAUUGGGCAACGAUUUGAGCGGAUCAGGAUACGCUCCCGAUUGCGACAGCCAAGGAUUCUACAAACCGACCCAGUGCCAUCAAGCGGUCGGCGUGUGCUGGUGUGUAGACGAGCAUGGGGUUGAGUUUGCCAACACGCGCACUCGCGGAAAACCAAACUGCGAUGAGAUUAUCAACAAUGCCAGCACGCUAUCCACCGACGACGAUGACGCCGAAGAUUCCGAGGAUGAUGACGACAGCCAGGAGGGCAGCGCCGAUCGUUUGCUAGUUUUCUAAGAUGCGCAAGAGAAAACGACAACAGCAAAAAAAUACUUCAUUCCGACAGAACAG